UGGAGGUAAAGCGUCACCUCACACCAUCCAUCGAUCACCGGCUGCCGGAUCAGAGAUUAGACGCAACGCAACAACUUGGUCGAUCGGUUCUUUCAUGGCGUGCAGCAAGCCGCAGCGAUCAUCAGCGAAGGGCGCGCAGCCGGCAGCUUGCGACGCUGACAUCGACCCCGAGCUCGAGUGGCUCGACCGCGGCGCCUGCUACAUAGUUCGCCUCAACCUCCCAGGGUUCAAGAAGGAAGACUUCAAGGUGCACGUGAGCCCCGGCGGCCGGCUGAUGGUCCGCGGCCAGCGUCCCGCCGGGUACGUGCGGCUCCACAAGGCGUUCCAGCUGCCCCAGACGGCCAACCUCGACGGGGUAUCCGGCCGGUUCGAAGGCAGCGUGCUGUCCCUGACCGUGCCCAAGGUGCCGGUUAGCGGGACGCAGAUGGUAAUGGCGAGGUUGGCCGAGGCGCAGGCCGCGGCGGAGUGCUCGGCGGCGCUGGAGGAGGCGACCGGCGUGAAGGGGCAGAUGGUCGCCGUGGCCAUCGCCGGCUUCGCGCUCGGCGUCUUCGUCGCGCACAGGCUCUUGACGGUCACGAAUAGCUAAGACGUCAUGUAUUCGAUCUGCAUGUAUAUAUGUAUGCACAGAGAGAUCUAUUGAGGCCUCGUUUGGGUGCUCGGGAGCAGAACUCCAAACUUCGGUGGCCGGGGGAUUUGAUGGCCACCCAAUCCCGGCCUGAAACAACAGCCACGAGAUGAGAUGUCACGUGGAGAAAUCAUGAAGGACCAGAUUUCAAUUUCUUUUACCUGUGUGUGAAAUGAGGCAGAUGAAGCCCGAGCGUGGAGAAUUUCGUGCUUUGCUUAUGCCCGCUCGGGUGCCAAAGCGCGCUGCUGCUGCUGCAGUUUGGCGCGCAAGAGACGAUGUUCCCAGAGUUCCGGCCGAUACGCUCCUUGGUUGUUCGAGUGUUAUGUGUUAGAAGGGCUUAGCAAUCUAAUUAACCACUGAUGAUAGCCUAAACACAGUAAGCACCAUAAGAUAAGCAAUGGAAUAAGAACCUUGUUGAUUAGGAGAUGCCACUGAUCGGUCUUGACGGGUUAAAGUAGAGCCGUGAUAAGGUUCGGUACUUCGGUGAAGCCA